GGAAUCUUCUUCCACCGUUUUGCCGGAUCCGUGCUGACGAGUGGCGGUUUGUGCAUAAACCAGACUAUUUUCAACACUGUCGAAAACUUCAAGAAAUCCGAGAUUUCCUUCCAAUGGGCAAAAAACACAGGCUACACUAAAAUUCGUCUCUCACCAUCCGUUCAUUUCUUUGUUCUUUGUUUAAGUAGCCAAUUUAGGGCAUCAAUGAAUGAAGUGCUUCGAAAAUGAUUUGAAUUCAGUGUUUGAUGCACAGCAUGGUUCUACAAAAACUCGUGUCCUCAAGAUAUUGGUACACAAGGCGUCCUCGUAAACGUGGUGGUGGAUCGUUGAGUUGUCUCGUGGUCGAAUCCGAUGGGGGCUGCUACUCAGCAAUGCCUCCGACAGCCAUGAGGCUCGAGAGCCCUCCCUGCAACAAUAACAAUAAUAACGCAUCUGGAGCCGAGCUUGAACUGUUAGCCAAGCUGGAGGAGGCCAACCGUCUGUACGAGUCCGACGCCAAAUCCCUCAACUCUCUGAGCGGGGCGUCGGGGCACUCGAGGAAAAGCUCUGACACAUCGCAGAUAUCCCUGACGUCUGGCACUAGCUCCUCGCAGGAACGCCCGGAAGAUUGCGGCGAAGAGGAUCUUUGGACCACAUGGGGUACGAUAGUUAAUGACUGGGAGAACAACUGGAAGAAACAAAAUGUGCAAAUUAAGGAAUUAGUUCGCAAGGGGAUUCCGCUUCAUUUUAGGGCUAUUGUGUGGCAGCUGUUGUGUAGUGCGGCCGAAGCGCCGGAGAAGAAGUCGUAUGCUGAAUAUAUAAAGACGAAGUCCCCCUGUGAAAAGGUUAUCCGCCGCGACAUAGCACGAACCUACCCUGAGCAUGAUUUUUUCAAAGAGAAAGAUGGCCUCGGCCAGGAAUCUCUUUUCAACGUCAUUAAAGCAUAUUCCCUGCACGAUCGAGAAGUGGGUUAUUGCCAAGGAUCCGGCUUCAUUGUAGGCCUCUUACUUAUGCAAAUGCCCGAGGAAGAAGCGUUUGCGGUUCUUGUCAAGAUAAUGCAAGAUUACCGCAUGCGAGAUAUGUUCAAACCGAGCAUGGCGGAAUUGGGUCUUUGUAUGUAUCAACUCGAAAACCUCGUGGCUGAAUAUUUGCCAGAUCUCAACCAGCAUUUCCAGUCUCAGAAUUUCCACACCUCUAUGUAUGCUUCCAGCUGGUUCCUAACUUUAUUCACCACAGCUCUGUCGUUACCUCUUGCGUGUAGAAUUAUGGAUGUGUUUCUGUCGGAAGGGAUGGAGAUUAUUUUCAAAGUGGCCCUCGCCAUGCUGACUUUAGGGAAAGAUGAAUUGAUGUCGUUGGACAUGGAAGGAAUGUUGAAGUUCUUCCAAAAAGAACUUCCUGCGAGAGCGGAAGCCGAUCCGGAAGGUCUUAUGCAAUCAGCUUACAACAUGAAAUACAAUGCCAAAAAAAUGAAGAAACUAGAAAAAGAAUACAACGUAAUAAAAACGAAAGAACAGGAAGAAAUGGCCGAACUGAAACGGUUGAGAACUGAAAAUAAGCAGCUAAAACAUCGAUGUGAAAUGUUAGAAGAAGAAAGCAAAGCUUUGGCUGAUCGUCUAGUCCGCGGACAAGUCAGUAGAGCCGAAGAAGAAGAAACUACUUUCGUGGUCCAAAGAGAACUAGAUGUGUUGAGGCACACACAUUUAGAAACGACUCAUCAACUAGCUUUAGCAAACGAAAAAAUUAGGUCUUUAUCUUUAAUGAUGGAAGAAACGCAUACUUCGAGACAAUCUUCCAUCGACGAAAUUUCCUUGAAACAAGAGCAACUUCAACAAAGAGAGGAGAUGAUCGAAUGUCUUCAAGAAGAAUUAGUUAAAGUUAGAUUGAGAGAAGCUGAAAACGAUGCGCUCAUCCGUGACUUGCGAGCCCGGAUACAUGAACUAGAAGAAGACAAAAAAACGUUGCGCGAGAUAACACCAGAUAACAGUGUAGCGCAUCUCCAAGAAGAACUAAUUGCUGUGAAACUGCGCGAAGCUGAAGCUAAUCUCUCUUUGAAAGACCUCAGGCAAAGAGUUUCAGAACUUAGCAACCAAUGGCAGAGGCAUUUGCAAGAACACAAGCAAGAACCGACUUCUUCAGGAGAACCACACAGCACACCGAAAAAAUUGCUGUUUUGGGAAAAUCGCAAUAACGAAACUCAAAAAUUAGAAGACGAACUCAUGACCACUAGAAUAAGAGAAAUGGAGACUCUGACAGAAGUGAAAGAAUUGAGGCUGAAAGUGAUGGAACUGGAAACUCAGGUUCAAGUGAGCACGAAUCAGCUGAGACGCCAAGAUGAAGAAAUCAAGAGGCAAAGAGAAGAACUUGAAAAAGCCGAAUUGAGAGACAGGGAGGCCGCGGCUCGGUUGCUUGAAGAACACAGACGUUACGCUGAUCUGGAGAGUAAAAUGCAAGAUGAACUGAUGAAAGCUCGAAUUAGUGACGCAGAAAAGACACAAGCUAUUGCGGAACUCACGCAGAAGAUUAGUCAACUUGAACUGAAGAGUCAAGAAAUUGCCACUGAAGGGGAGCUUCGAAUUCAAUCAGUUGAUGACAGCGAUCGAGUAAGAGAAUUGCAAGACAAAGUUGCAGAUCUACAAGCUGAGGUCAUGAGGCUGGAGUCGUUCAAAAGACGAAUAAUCACCGGGGGUGGUCGUUUGCCGUCAGAAAGGUCGUCGUCCAUAGAUAGCACCGAUGAUGAUACGAAAAUUAGGUUGGACGAUCCUUCCCUGAGAUUGAACAUAGUCGAGUCUCCUACCUCCAAAUCUGAGCUUACAUUUAAUGAGUUGUGCAACAACCCCAGUGUAAAAAACGACGGCAAAAUUGAACUCGAUCCCAAUAUGAAUACGCACACUUCUGUAGAUGCUCAUGAAGGAAAGUGUGCACCAAAGGUCUGACAACACGACUGAAUUACUAGAACUAGUUCAAUAUAGAAUAAGUUUUUGUAGUAUUUUUUGCCUAUACUUUUUGAGGUCAAUAUAAGGGGAAUUUGUAAUUAUCGAUUUAUAGGCGUUCUGCCACUCCUUAUGGAUGAAUAGAAAAUAUGGUGCAUUUAUAUUUGUCUAGAUUUACUCUAACUUAUUGUAUUUUUUUAAUUAUUAAAGUAUAUGUUAUUAGGAUUUUAAGUUUAUGUACUUAAUCGAUUCUGAAGUGUGCAAUUUCCGUGUUUUUUGUUAUUUUGAGAAACUAUGUGGUACCUAUGUAAUUUAAUUAGAAUUUUGUGCAUAAUAAUAGAUUUUUUUCUUGGAGUAUGUAACCGAGAAUUAACUUAUGAAUUAGUGAGACAACUAGACGAUGUUAGAUUAGAUUUUCUAAUAUUCUAUCUGUGUUAAAAUGGUAGUAUUAAAACUAAAAGGGCUGUUUAUAAUAAUUAUACUUUGCUGCGCAAAAGUCGUUGAA